AUGGCCCUUCGUACCCUUGACAUCCAUUUCCAGCAUUCCCAGACCCAAGACCCCUUCCUAGCAGAAGACAGCAUGCAACUCAUGAACAAUCAGUCGAUGGGGUCAAUCACCGGGGUACAGACCAAGGCAGAUGUCAUGCCCUAUGACUUUUUCGAUACCUUGGAAUCGUUAGACUCUAUCAUGAUCCUCAUACAUAAGUAA